AUGGCUUACGAGACAACGUGCUGCGAAAUUCGAGAAUGCGCAAGAGAUCCUUAUGGGUCUCAGAAGUCCCUGGUAGCAGAUCGUCAGCCUAGAGUAUCACCCACGGGAAGCGCUGUUCAGACGAGCCUAACGAAGCACUCAGGCUGUGCGGAUGCUAACCGUAUUAGUACCUAUGAUGGAAUUGUCGUUCACCAAGGAUGCGUGAUGGACAACACAUCCAGUUAUCCAACCCUGAAACACGACAGAACGGGAGAUCCUUCUCAACCACCACACAAGGCGAAGAAUGACUCGAGGGUCGUCGAUAAUGUAAACCACCUGCUGGGCAUAACCAUAAUGACCAUCCACAUUACGAAGGACCUCGUACUCAUCAAUCUGGUGAAAGGUAUUCUCGGACUGGUUGCAAACAUCCCCAUCAAUGACUGCGCAGGCGCGCCGGUGCGACCUCCCGAAAGGUUCGCGAAGGCAUCCUCAGAUCCACACAACCAGUGA